AUGUCAAUAUUGUUGCAACCAAACAAAAUAAUUGACCGAGCACUUGGCAUGGCAUUUGGCACUGCUGUUGGAGAUGCCAUGGGGAUUCCAUUCGAAAAUCUUAUUCCAGAACAAAUCGCCGAAAUUCAGAUGUCACUCAACAAAAAUGAAUCAUUGUUUAUCAAUGCUGCUGGUCGCAAUCCGUACAUUCCUAAAGAAUGGCCAACAGGUCGAUGGGGAGAUGCAACACAGCUCUCUCUCGCUAUUAUGCAUGCAAUUGCGAAACAUCUUUGUGAUGAUGCUGAAAAGACACCAUUGAUCACAAGUAUUGUCGAUGAACAUGUACUAGAAUGGUGGGAUUGCACAGAUGGUUGGAGUACUGGAACCAAAAAUGCGAUAGAAAGAAUUGCUCAAGGAUCCUAUUCAUAUUGUAACAGUGGUGGCUCAUCGACUGGAAAUGGUGUUAUCAUGAAGUUGACACCACUCGCCUUCUUUUUCCAUGUUUGUGACAUCAAUAUUGAUGAUAAAUUAGUCGAAACAAUCUGUCGAAUGACACACGUCAGUCCAGUUACAAUUGUUACUGCACUCAUCUACGUUUAUCUAUGUGUAUUUAUUUUCAAACAUGAUUUGCCAUCAUCUGAUGUAGAAAGAAAGGCCUUUCUGCUAUAUGUUCGUCAACUUUCUGUUCAAUAUGAAUGCAAGUACAACCUUGUUACCGAAAAAGAUCUGUUGAGUAUUCGAAUUCAUCGCUUCCUGGAAAAUUUUCAUGAGAUAAACAAUGACCUUUUGUUAGAUGUGAGUCAUGGUGGAACAUUCUUCUGUGUGGAUACAUUGUCGAUGGUUAUUGGUCUUGUUGCGGCAGAACGAGUGACAUUCGAAACACUUGAAAAAGCAAUACAGAUGGGUGGUGAUACAAAUAUUAUUGCGGCUAUGAUUGGUGCGCUUUUAGGUGCUACACAAGGUCAACAGGCCAUCGACAAACGUCGUGCUGAAAUUGUCUUUCGAUCUGACUAUAUUCGACAGAUUGGAGAGGAGUUUGGACAGGCUCUAGUACAUCAUCUUAAUCUUCUUCCAUCUUGCUCGCAGACUAUGUAA